UCUAGGUGACCCUGUCUGUCCUCUCUCCAGGUGACCAGGCAUUGAUGCACCCCCAGGAAGGCCACGCACUCAAGGAGGCUGCCCCCGCUGGCUGCUGCUCACAUGGUGUCUGGGCCCCUGGCACUCCGGUGGUACGCGUGGGCAGGGCGCAGGGACAUGGGGCCCGACAUGGAGCUGCCCAGCCACUCAAAGCAGCUCCUGCUGCAGCUGAACCAGCAGAGGACCAAGGGCUUCCUGUGUGACGUCAUCAUCAUGGUGGAGAACUCCAUCUUCCGGGCCCAUAAGAAUGUCCUGGCUGCCAGCAGCAUCUACUUCAAGUCCUUGGUCCUGCAUGAUAACCUCAUCAACCUGGACACAGACAUGGUCAGCUCCACAGUGUUCCAGCAGAUCCUGGACUUUAUCUACACGGGCAAGCUGCUACCCAGUGACCAGCCAGCCGAGCCCAACUUUAGCACUCUCCUCACUGCCGCCAGCUACCUCCAGCUGCCUGAGCUGGCAGCCCUCUGCCGCCGCAAACUUAAACGAGCUGGUAAGCCUUUCGGCUCUGGGCGGGUGGGAGCUGCUGGCAUGGGGCGGCCCCCCCGCAGCCAGCGGCUAUCCACUGCCUCUGUCAUCCAGGCCCGAUAUCCCGGGCUUGCGGAUGGGCGCAAAGGGGCCCACGCCCCCCAGGAGCUCCCCCAGGCCAAAGGCUCAGAUGAGGGGCUCUUCCUGGAAGGUUCUAACCAGGAGAGCGUGCAUGGCCUGGGCCGGGCUAUCUGCCCAGCCAGUGGGGAGGCGGGACUGGGGGCCUGCAGUAGCAACACCAAUGGGAGCAGCGGGGGCUGUGAGCAGGAGUUGGGCCUGGACCUGUCCAAGAAAAGCCCACCCCUGCCUCCUGCUACCCCUGGGCCCCACCUCACCCCCGACGACUCAGCCCAGCUUAGCGACAGUCAGCAUGGCUCUCCCCCCUCGGCCUCUGCACCUCCUAUUGCCAACAGUGCCUCUUACUCUGAGCUGGGGGGCACCCCUGAUGAGCCCAUGGAUCUGGAAGGGACAGAGGACAACCAUCUGAGCCUCCUGGAGGGGUCUGGCGGGCAGCCCCGGAAGAGCCUCCGGCACUCAGCCCGUAAGAAGGAGUGGAGCAAGAAGGAACCUGCAGCUGGCUCCCCCUUUGAGCGGAGAGAGGCGGGGCCCAAGGGUCCCUGCCCGGGGGAUGAGGUCGAAGGGCUUGGGGACAGGGUUCCCAAUGGCAUCCUGGCCAGUGGGAGUGGCCCCAGUGGGCCAUAUGGCGAGCCCCCGUACUCCUGCAAGGAAGAGGAAGAGAACGGCAAGGAUGGCAGCGAGGACAGCGGGCAGAGCGGGAGCGAGGCGGGCAGCGGCCAUGCCGGCGCUCACUACCUGUUCCGGCAGGAGGGCUAUGAGACAGUUCCCUACGGGGACAACCUGUAUGUCUGCAUCCCCUGCGCCAAGGGCUUCCCCAGUUCUGAGCAGCUCAACGCCCACGUAGAGACGCACACAGAGGAGGAGCUGUUCAUCAAGGAGGAGGGCGCCUACGAGACCGGCAGCGGUGGCGCGGAGGAGGAGGCUGAGGACCUGUCAGCCCCCAGCUCAGCCUACGCAACCGAGCCCCGGCCCUUCAAGUGCUCCGUCUGUGAGAAGACCUACAAGGACCCCGCUACGCUGCGGCAGCAUGAGAAGACGCACUGGCUGACGCGGCCCUUCCCCUGCAACAUCUGUGGCAAGAUGUUCACUCAGCGCGGCACAAUGACGCGCCACAUGCGGAGCCACCUGGGCCUGAAGCCCUUCGCCUGUGACGAGUGUGGCAUGCGCUUCACGCGCCAGUACCGCCUCACGGAGCACAUGCGCGUGCACUCAGGCGAGAAGCCCUACGAGUGCCAGCUGUGCGGGGGCAAGUUCACCCAGCAGCGCAACCUCAUCAGCCACCUGCGCAUGCACACCUCCCCCUCCUAGAAGCCAAAGACCCGGGGCGCCCCGCAGACUCGCCCAUCGGGAACCCACAGGAGGAGGCCAAGGAGGCACAGCUGGAGGGGCAGGACCGGGCGGCAGGGCCUCACAAAGGCUCCUCCAGCUGACACCCAGAGCUUUAAUCGACAGUCUGUACCAAGUGGAGCCGAGAGGAGGGAAGCCGACUACCUCCCCAUCCCGCCCAGGCCCCCACUUCCUGCGAUGGCCACCACAGGGUCUCUGGGCGUGGGUCAUGUGGGUCUCUGGGACCUAGUCCCUUUGCUGCAGGCUGGCUUGGAGAAGGGAGAGCAGCUGUGCAGCU